AUGAAAUAGAGAUUAGUAACUUAAACUGAUGAAGGAUCUCAAGAAAAUCCAAUUCAAAAGUCCAAUUCACUAUAAACCCAAUUUUAAAUAAUCUAAGUUGUAGGCAACGGAACAUUUGGUAUGGUUUAUUUGGCUCUUGAUACAAAAACUAAUGAAAAAGUUGCUAUAAAGAAAGUAUUUCAAGAUAGACGGUAUAAAAAUAGAGAACAUCUCAUAAUAUAAGAAUUAAAUCAUCCUUGUAUUGUCAAAUUAAGAUAGGCAUUCUUCACAUAGGGAGACAAUUCUAAAAAUGCAGACGAUAUAUUUCUGAACUUAGUCAUGGACUACAUUCCUGAAACUUUAAGCAAAUUCAUUCGAAAUUACAAAAAGAAUAAAAACCCAUUUCCUAAUGUUUUACUUAAAAUUUACAGUUAUUAAAUGUUAAGAGCAUUAGCAUAUUUAUAAGGAAUUGGAAUCUGUCAUCGAGAUAUUAAACCUUAAAAUAUUUUGGUUAAUCCUAAUAAUCACGUAUUAAAAAUAUGUGAUUUUGGAUCUGCAAAACGAUUAGUCCCUGGAGAACCAAAUGUUGCUUAUAUUUGCUCUAGAUAUUAUAGAGCUCCUGAAUUGAUAUUUGGAGCAACCGAAUACACGACCUCUAUUGAUAUAUGGUCUAUAGGAUGCGUCAUUGUUGAAAUGCUUACUGGUGAACCACUCUUUCCAGGAGAGUCAGCUACUGAUCAACUGGUUGAGAUAAUCAAAAUAUUGGGUACUCCUACAAUUGAAUAAAUUAAAAAAAUGAAUCCUCAGCAUUAAGAAUUUAAAUUCCCUUAGAUUAAAUGUCAUCCAUGGGCUAAAGUGUUUGCUAAAUUUAAACCAGAACCUUUAUUUGUUGAUUUUGUUAGUAAAUUACUUGUGUACCCUCCAAAGGAAAGAUUGAAACCUCUGGAAGCCUUACUUCAUCCAUAUUUUGAUGAAAUUAGACAAUAAGGAUUUUCAAUGCCAAAUGUGCAAUUGCCUAAUUUCUUUGAUUUCCAAAAAGAGGAACUUUAGAUUCAACCUGAAAUUGCUCAUAAAUUAAUUCCCUCUUGGUUUAAGCAAAAAUAGUGA